GAUCCCCUCUCUGGUGACACUGAAGAACAAAAUGGCGCUGUGUGGAGGUUCUCGUCUGUUUCCAGGAGUUAGAUCCUGGUUCCAUCGCUCCUCCGUCCUUCAGUCCACGUGUCCUCCUCACUCCGGGUUCUUUGGUCCAGUUGAAGACGUCAUGUUGUCUUCAGGGACAUUCAGAGACAAAGUGGCCUUCAUCACAGGAGGGGGGACAGGACUGGGCCGAGCCAUGACCAGCACACUGUCCCAGCUGGGAGCUGUUUGUGUCAUCGCCAGCAGGAAACUUGAAGUCCUUCAGCAGACAGCUGACGAGAUCAGCAGCCAGACCGGGAACAAGGUCUAUGUGGUUCAGUGUGACGUCAGAAAUCCUGAGGACGUUUCCCAUUGUGUUGACAAGAUGGAAAGUCUGACAGGUCUUCCUGAUGUGAUCAUCAACAAUGCAGCGGGAAACUUUGUUUGUCCAUCAGAGCGUCUGUCUCCAAACGGCUGGAAGACCAUCACCGACAUUGUCCUCAACGGGACGGCCUUCGUUACUCUGGAGCUGGGGAAGAGACUCAUCCAGAGACAGAGAGGAGCUUCUUUCCUCGCCAUCACCACCAUCUAUGCUGAGUCUGGUUCUGGUUUUGUGGUCCCAAGUGCAUCAGCCAAGGCUGGAGUUGAGGCACUCUACAAGUCUCUUGCUGCAGAGUGGGGGCGCUAUGGUCACAGAUUUAACAUCAUUCAGCCUGGACCAAUCAAAACAAAGGGAGCGUUCAGUCGUUUAGAUCCAACAGGAAUGUUUGAGAAGUCUAUGAUUGGUCGAAUUCCUACAGGUCGUUUGGGGAAACCAGCAGAGGUCGCGAACUUGGCGGCUUAUAUGAGCAGUGACUACGCCACCUGGAUGUCUGGAGCUGUGAUCCGUUUGGACGGAGGAGAGUAUGUGUCCAUGGCUGGAGAAUUUAAUGAGCUGCGCAGGGUGACGCCUGAACAGUGGAAGACGAUGGAGGACAUGAUCAGAAACACUAAAGGAUCCUGAUCACACCCUCACCCUUACCUGGACUCUUACCCCGACCCUCACCCGGACAUGACGACCAGUCACACCUGUGCAGUGUUGAGGGACAACAGUUAAUGACAAUAGUUUGAUUAUGCAUAUAUAUAUACAUACAUGAAUCUGAUUUUUACAAAUUAAAAGAUGUGCCUUCAGAAUAAGAGCUGGAACUGUUGGAAUGUUUAUAAUAUUUUCUACAUCUUUAGUGUAUUAUACUUUUUUAUUUAUUUAAGAACGUUCCCAUUCACCUUUAACUUUAACGUUUGUUGCAUCAAUUUUGUAUUGAUUGAAACAACUUGAUGUUUUUUCUUUCUUUUGAAAGUACACUCCUAAUAUCGAUAUAUCUUAAUAGUUGACCUGGUUUUAACAGGUGGUGAUGGAAAGUUUCCCAGUACAUGUCCUUGUGUCCUUGUGUCCUUGUCAAUCUGAACCAAAAACAUAUUAACAGCUCAACCGCUAACGCUAACAUUUGCUAUUAAAGUGGGUCGUGGAUGGGUCUUCCAGCGAAAAACAUACAGCCACGACAUAAUGAAGGAGGAAUGGCUCAAGAUGAAGCACAUUAAGGUCAUGGAGAGGUCAAGGCAGUCUCUGGACCGAAAUCCUUUUAAAUCCAAAAUCAGUCAAAAAAGUCAUAGUAUAGUCAGUCAGUCAUCAUCAUUAAAAUUAUAGAUUUCAUUUUUAUCAGUGGGUGAACUUACAAAAUCAGUAAUUCAUUAAUAUAAAGUGAAUUAAAAGUCUCUUUAUGAGAGAAAGACAUUGAAAUAAUACAAUUUAUGAUGAUCAAACUGAGAGCCUCAGUUUUUGACCCCUGAUAUAAAGUUUAAUGUAAAUAAAAUAGAAAUUGAACAAGUAAAAAUAAAUUCCUAGUUGAAUUCAAACCCCUCUGUUUGCACUGUAUUUAUGAAUAAAUAUAAUAAAAUCUUAAUAACUUUUCUAAAACAUUGAGUUUAAUCACAGUUUCUAUGACUUUUACAGCCUUUACUUUAAUCUGUGUGUCCCUGUGUCUCUUGUCCUGGCCUUUGUCGCCCUCUCUCUGCUGUUGUGGGCACUGCAGUGUGUCCUUCAGCUGCUCAGCAUGAGGACAGAAACCAACUGAGUGAGAAAUAGAAAUAAAGAAAAUAAAUUAAAAACAUCA